AUGGAGAAGCGGAUGAGGUGUGAUUCUGACAGCCACAAUGUGGUAUCGCUCCAACUCUUAAUUGUACAGCUCCUCCAGCAUAUAAGGAACGUAAAGCGGUCGACGGACAAGCAAGUUCGCCGGCACCCCAUCGGAUUCGCAAAGCUCGACAUCAGACUCGCUCUUUCGCAGAUAAUCGCGCCCGGCAUGGCCCAAUCUCUGUCAACAGCAUCUAUUCGAACGCCCGAAACAGUGUGCACCGAUUUCACCGACCUGGAUGAGGUUGUGAUUGCCGUUUGUGUAGAUGGGCCAGCCAAGAGAGAGUUGAGUUCUAACCUAGGCCAUAUCGAGGACUGUGAUCAGUCCCGUGGAUCAGAUAUCUGGCACCGCUGGUUCGAGCGUGUGAGCUCGUGGGUCGAAGGCGUCAAACACUCGGAACAGAUCAUGGAUGCACCGAGCCUGACAGCGUCAAACCCCACCUCACGGCCGCACCAGGCCACCCAAUCUUCAAGUCUUUUCCUCGGGCAGGACGGAAAGUGCAUGAUCUGGAUCAAGUCACAUCAGCCAUUGGAAUUCCAGCUUCGGGCUAUCAAUAUAGGGGACCGCGUGAUAAACUGCAAUAUACCGCACGGGCUCGGUGAAGUGGAGUCGACUCCAGAUACGCAAGUCGAUUCGGUUGCUGUACAUCAAGAGUCGUUGCCUUAG